UAAUUUUAGCCAAGAAAAAAACAACAUUUCAAGAGGUUUUUUUACAUCAUGUCAAGAGAAAAUGAGCCCACUUCUUACUUGAGUUAUGAGCUACGAUGUUAAUGUAUUAAUUAUGUUCCCAUUCAGAGUAUAAUACAGGAUAGAACAGAGUCUACUUCAGAGUUUUCAGUCAGAUUACAUCAGCAGAUCCUCCUAAGCUCCUCCCUCUUGUCCAAAUAUGACCACUUCUGCCUCCCAAAAAACCAAGAUGGCGAGGCUAACACAAGGCUAACGUCCUGACUGGACUGUUCCUGAAGCUGCAGUCUGUCCUCUCCAGCUGCAUCACCGUCCCGUCCGACACCAUGGCCUCCUGUCAGGAGUUUGAGGUGACCGUCCACACUUCACCUGGUCCCACCUGUGGAACCUACAACCACCUGUCGCUCAAUCUGAUUGGCUCGCAGGGGGAGACUCCGCCCAUCAGCGUAAACGAGGAUGACCAUCAUCUCCUGCCUGGAUCAGUGUGUCCGGUUCUGGUCCGGACCAGCGAGCCACUUGGUGGUCUGGUCCUGAUCCGGCUGCAUCUGGAGGCUCGGACCGGAUACCCCAAUCUGGACUGGCACUGCAGCCGGGUGGAGGUUCGCGAAGUGACAGAUGGACGGGCCGAGGAGGGCGGACGGGGUGGGACGGAACCCGAGGGUCCAGAGGUUCAGGUGUUCCUGUGUGACAGGUGGCUGCGGACAGCAGACGGCGACGUGGAGCUGCGGAGCGGAAAGUUGUGUCUGCUGAAGGACGAGACGGAAGAGAAACUGAAGCAGCAGCGACUCAAACAGCUGCAACAUCAGCAAAAGCUCUUCAGGUGGCGUAGGUUCGUCGAUGGCGCUCCGUCGUGUCUCGACGUGAACAGCGUGACUGAACUCGGGCCGAACCUGAGCUACACACACAAGAGUCCGGCUCCGAACCUGCACUACCUGAGAGGCUUCGACGGCCGAGCGGAGGCCUGGAAGAGUUUCACCGAGCUGGAGACGUUUUUCACCCACAGCGGACACCAGAACAACAUCGCCCGGUUCGUUCGCGCUCACUGGGCGGAGGAUUGGUAUUUCGGCCACCAGUGUCUGAACGGCUGCAACCCUCUGCUGCUGCGUCAGACCCGCCACCUGCCUCCAAACCUGUCUGUCACCUCUGACAUGCUCCGCCCCUUCCUGCCUGAAGGCUCCUCCCUUGAGCAGGAGCUACAGAAGGGGAACUUGUACCUGUUGGACUACGAGGUUUUGGACGGCAUCCCGGCCAACGUGGUCAACGGGAAGCAGACGUACCUGUCGGCUCCGCUGUGCCUCCUCCACCUGAACCAGCAGGGACAGCUGCUCCCCAUCGCCAUCCAGUUGCAGCAGACGCCCGGUCCUCAGAACCCGGUCUUCCUGCCUUCUGACGCCGGCUGUGAUUGGCUGCUGGCGAAGAUUUGGGUCCACAGCUCUGACUUCCACUGUCACCAGCUGGCGUCGCACUACCUGAGGACUCACAUGAUGGGGGAGCUGAUCUGCGUGGCCACGCUGAGGCAACUGCCUGAGUUCCACCCGCUGCACCAGCUGCUGAUGCCUCACGUCCGGUCUUCACUGCAGAUCAACUUGAAGGCCCGAGCGUCUCUGCUGGCUGCAGGCGGCGUGUUCGAUAAGGCGUGUGGUUGUGGACUGGCGGCGCUUCCUGUUCUUCUCUCUCGGGCGUCUCACAGGAUUCGUUAUCGAUCUCUGUGUGUCCCCGACGACCUGAUGGACCGAGGGCUGGACAAACUGCCUCACAGCUCCUACGCUCAGGACGCUCUGAGACUCUGGAACACCCUGCACAGGUUCGUGGUCAGCUGGGUGGAUCUGUAUUACAGAGGAGACGAGGACGUGCAGCACGACUCUGAGCUUCAACACUGGAUCGACGACAUCAACACACACGGAUUCACACACGACUCAGACGGUCUGUCCUCAGGUUUCCCGCCGUCCUUUCAGACGAGAGCAGAAGUGUCAAAGUUCGUCACCAUGAUCAUCUUCUCCUGCUCAGCUCUUCACGCUGCAGUCAACUUCUCUCAGCUGGACUUCAGCCUCUGGAUGCCGAACUGUCCGGCCACCAUGUUGCGUCCUCCUCCGCAGGUCAAAGGUGCGGUGACGGAGGACGACAUCGUGUCCUUCCUGCCGGAUGUGAACUCGACCUGUCGCGUCUUGACGAUGCUGGCUCUGCUGUCGCAGCCCGCCACCAACUUUGUUCCUCUGUGUCGCUACAACGAGGCCAUUUUCAGAGACGACGCCCACCGCAGGCUGGUGGAGGCCGUGCAGGCUGAACUCAAGGCCAUUACUGAUGACAUCACAGAGCGUAACAGCCAGUUAGAGCUGCCGUAUCCGUACCUCAGUCCUGACUGCAUCGAGAACAGCGUUGCCAUUUAAAUCCCAUCAACAGUGAGAGUUCACAGCUGUGUGUGAAUAUUAUAUAUUAUAUGGCCAUUUUUUAAUAAUCAAACCUUCAGUAAUGAUUUUAUUUUACUCCUUCACUGACAGGAUCAUAUUACUGAUAUAAAACCAUGUGAUUUUGUUCAUUUCUGUUUCAUCUUCUCUUUGAUUUUAAAUGAAAUACCAUCAGACCUGUGAACCACUGCAGCCAUUUUCAGAAAUGAUAUUAAAAUAAAACCAUUGUAGUAAAA